AUGAUGAGCUUACCGAAAGAUCAACUUGCAGCGGUGCGGCAGGGCGACGGGGAGAAAGCGACCUUGAUUGUCAAACGCAUUCCGAUGCCACAAGCGCCAGGACCGGGACAGAUUCUAGUCAAAAUCAGCUGGGCAGGCAUUUGUGGCUCUGACAGAUUCCUGAUUUACGAUCGUUGGCAGAUGAAAAUGCAAGAAUCGACAAAAGGUGUGCCUGGCCAUGAAGCUGCGGGGCGAGUUGCGGCUGUGCAUCCCGAUAUGCAGGACAUCUGGAAGAUCGGCGACAGAGUUGGCAUCAAGUGGGUUUCUUCUGUUUGUGGACACUGUGAGUUCUGCCGGAACGGAACAGAUGAGCUGCAGUGUGCAUCGCAACAUAAUCCCGGCUUCAACGCACCGGGCACGUUCCAGGAAUACCUUCUCACAGAUGGUCAUUAUGCCACGAGGAUCCCAGUCAGCGUCCCUGAUGACGAAGCCGCUGUUUUGAUGUGUGGCGGUCUCACGGCGUACACCGCUUGCAAGCGGAGUGCUGUUCGAUCCGGAGAAUGGAUCGUGGUCCUCGGUGCAGGCGGUGGACUUGGUCAUCUUGCAGUCCAGUACGGUAAAGCAAUGGGUAUGCAGGUCAUAGGUAUCGCAAAAGGAAGUGAGAAGGAGAAACUCUGCGAACGGCUAGGUGUUGAAAGGUUUAUUGACCGCGCGAAAACCGGAGACCUAGUAUCCGAGGUGAUCAAAAUCACAUCAUACGGGGCGCACGGUGUGGUUGUUGCAGCCCCAAGGAAGGAAGCUUUCAGAGUCGCUCCAUUAUUCCUACGACCAGGCGGAACCGUGGUCUCUGUUGCAUUGCCGCAGGGAACAGACGCAUUCUCGGGUACUUGGCCGGGAUUGAACAAUUCGCGAAGGCUCAACAUCGCUGGAUCCGUUACCGGAACCCGCAAGGUAGGAAAGCUAUCCGAUCAAUUGAUGUGGGUAAUCAUACUUAUUCACGGGAUUUAG